AUGUUCUCAUUCGCAGAGAUCCUCGUGUCCGUAUCCUUGUCCGCCAUGGCACUUGCUGCAGCAACUCCAGGCUCUGUCCUCACAGGACGUGAUGCAGGCGUCCCAAUCGUCUGCUCCCCCUCACUUUCGAAUGGUGUCCAGACCGUCAACGGACAGAACGGAAAGCCUUGGAAAGUCGACGUUGAGCCGUGCGCCUCUGGACAUCGUUGCGGAGCUCCGCGCUACAACCCUGACACCAACGACUUCUACUUGAACCUCGGGAACUGCGUAUAA